AUGAACAUGAAAGAGUCAGAAGAAGAUGGAUACAUUCUCUUGACUAACAAGGCACUGGGCUCCAAUUACGGCGUACAAGUUGAUAUUCCGAAGCAUAUGUCCGAAAUCGAUGGCUACGUCGACAGCUUGCAACACGUACUUUCGCCACUGAACAAGUUCAUACAUGAUAAUCCCGAACUUGCGUUCAAGGAGUACAAAGCACACGAUGCACUCACAAAAUUCAUGCGAUCCCAAAAUGGCUGGAUAGUCACGCCCAACGCCUACGGGAUAGAGACAGCAUGGACAGCAACCUUCGACACUGGUAGGGAAGGUCCCGUCGUUUCAUUCAAUGCCGAAAUGGAUGCUCUUCCAGGUAUUGGUCACGCCUGCGGCCAUAAUCUUAUCGCAAUUGCAUCUGUGGCGGCUGCUCUCGCAACAGCACAUAUCCUAUCAGACCAUGGUUUCCCGGGCUCGAUACACCUUAUUGGCACUCCCGGCGAGGAAAACCCUUCUCCUACAGGCGGAAAGAUUCUACUUCUAGAAGCAGGUGCUUACGACCACGUGGACGUUAGUCUCAUCUCCCACCCAGGUCUCUUCAACAACAGCGCGCUCGUCCGAACCACAGCUUUCGCACGACUAGAGGUCGAGUAUUAUGGCAAGGCAGCCCACGCCGCCAACAGCCCGUGGCUCGGCAUCAACGCCCUAGAUGCCCUCAUCAUCGCGUACAAUGCUGUCAGCGUCCUCCGCCAACAAAUACGGCCAGACGACAUCGUCGGGAUGCACAUCACUAACGGCGGCGCAGCACCCAAUAUCAUCCACGCCUACGCCGCAGGAGCCCUAGUCAUACGCGCACCCAGCUCCACCCGCCUUGAGGUCCUCCAGAAGAAAGUCGAAGCGUGUCUCCGCGCCGGGGCAGAAGCCACCGGUGCCCGCGUCGAGGUCAAGCUAACGCCAGGAUACGCAGACCACGUCCCCAACCGCGUCCUCGCUGCGAGCUACACGCGGUACUUCAACGCUCUGCCGAACGUUCCAGACCCACCUAUCCCCCCACUCACCCAAUAUACAUACGUGAAAGCUUCCACUGACCAGGGUAACUUGAGCUACCACCUUCCGAGCGUGAACGCAAGCUUUUCUAUACCUGCCGGGCCGGAGGGUGGGGCGAAUCAUUCUAGAGACUUUGAGAUUGCGAGCGGGACGAGGGAGGCGUUUGAGAGGGCGUUGAGGGUGGGGAAGGCGUUGGCGGGCGUUGCGGUGGAUGUGUGCAGUGACCCUAAGUUGCUUGCAAACGUGAAGGAGGAAUGGAGAAGGGAUGUUGAGAAUGCAAAGAAUGUAGAUUAG